GAUUGGUCGGGCGUCGGAGGCGUCGGCGCGGCUGUGGCCCGGCGGCGAGCUGCGUGGGAUGCCCUCGGCUGCGGGACCCGAGGCGGAGCUGAGGAGAAGUUGGCCGGGGGCCCGAGAGGCCAUGGCGAUGCACCCUGUGGUGAAAGCCUUUGUUUGUGGCUCCAUCAGUGGGACCUGCUCUACCCUGCUAUUCCAGCCGCUAGACCUGCUUAAAACCCGCCUGCAGACCCUACAGCCAUCUGUCAAUGGAUCAGGCCGUGUUGGCAUGGUAACUCUGUUCUUUAAGGUGGUUCGCACAGAAAGUAUACUGGGGCUGUGGAAGGGUGUUUCUCCGUCCUUUGCAAGAUGCAUUCCAGGAGUAGGGAUUUACUUCAGCACUUUAUAUAUGAUAAAACAGCAUUUUCUGCUGGAUCGUUCUCCUACAGCCCUGGAGUCUGUUUUGCUGGGUGGCACCUCACGUACUGUAGCUGUGGUUUCAAUGAUGCCUAUCACUGUAGUGAAAACACGGUACGAGUGUGGAAGGUACGGCUAUGAAAGCAUUUAUGGAGCCCUGAGGAGCAUCUAUCGGUCAGAAAGUGUCCAGGCCUUGUUUAGCGGUCUGACUGCAACACUCCUGCGUGAUGCGCCCUUUUCUGGCAUUUACUUCAUGUUCUACACGCAAACCAAAAAGAUAGCACCGUAUGACCAAGUGGACCCAGCACUCUCACCUUUAGUGAACUUUGGCUGUGGGACCGUUGCAGGGAUUCUGGCAUCGCUGGCAACUCAGCCUGCUGACGUCAUCAAAACCCACGUGCAGGUGUCAUCCGACAGACACCUCCGGAUGCGCCAAGCCAUUGCCUUAAUCUUCAGGGAUUACGGAUUAAUAGGCUUUUUCCGAGGUGCCGUCCCAAGAGCUUUGCGGCGAACGCUGAUGGCGGCCAUGGCGUGGACUGUCUAUGAACAGAUGAUGUCUAAAAUGGGCAUAAAAUCCUGAGUGAGUUCUGCCGGAGAACAAAGCGGCCUAAUCCAGUUCUUCCCACUCGCUGCAGUUGCUUUGUGAAACUGGUGGCCUGAUCCAUAUGGGAGGUGACUUGCACCCGUUUGUGGGGAAACGCCGCCUAAGCCUGUGGAACAGGUUUCUAUAAGUGAGACAGAGGGGAGCAAAAUCUUUCUUUGGUUACGACGGGAAGAGCAUUCCAGGGAGACUGACAUACGAGUGCACAUUUUUGUAUCGGGUGCAUGUGUCAGACGUGCUGCUAAGGCCCACCUUCUUCAGAAAAAAACCCUUUCCCAGAAGUCCCCUUCAGCCUGAGCCGCUUCCAAAGAGAACACAGGAAAGACUCUCAAGAAAGCGAUGUUGGGAUGGCUGAGCCUAGCACCCCGAACCGGUGACUCCUGAAUUGUGUGCUGACUCUCCUGCCUGCUCUCCUCUCGAGUAACACGUUCUGCUUGUACGCCCAAACAGAAACAGGGUAAAGAGGAGAGGCGACAGGAAGUGUGUCUGUUUCAGAGCUUGUCUGGUGCAGUUGUUA